GCUCGAGCCCCAACCAAUACAUUGGAUCGAUGGGCCCAACAAUGCACCUGUAUAAUUUCGACGGAAAGGGGAAAGAAGAAGUGAAUUCUGAUUCAGUGCACCACUAACUCAUGACGUCGGUUACCGCCGGCUAAGCGGCGCACCACGUAGUCACCAACCCCAGCACCGCCGGCCGGCGAUGAGGUUGGUUGUUGGAGUUUGGGGUUGGUCCGUCCUAAAAAAAAAUUUGGAAAGUAUAGAAAACAAAUAAAAGCCACUCAGUCACGAUUGGGCAAAGAGAGGCCUCCUCCACCCGCUACAUACUGCCAAAAAAUCCAUCCCACUCCCAACCAAAUCUCAAUCCCAAUCUUCCUCCCUUUCUCCACUCUCCACCGCAAUGCUCCUCUGACGCUUCUCCGUCUCCGUUCACCCUCUCUCCCUCUUUCUCACAACUCUCAACCGCCGCCUUCAACUCCGACGUAAGCGCCGCCAUCCCCGUUUUCCCUUCCGCAACCCUCCCGCGCUUUCCUUUUCCUGUUGGGUUCAAUUCCAUAGGUUGGUUUUCAAUAAAACUAUAACUGACUGACUUGCUCCAAUGUUGAUUUUCUUUUGCCAGCCGCAAUGAGAGGGGGAGGACUGUGGCAGCUGGGCCAAUCAAUCGCCCGCCAACUCGCCCGCCCUGACCACAAGAAGUCACCAUCGGCAGCCAGCGCCGCCGCCGCCCGCCGUUACUUCGCAUCCGGCGGCGGGGACCUCAAGAAGACAGUCCUCUACGACUUCCACGUCGAGCACGGCGGCAAGAUGGUGCCUUUCGCCGGCUGGAGCAUGCCAAUCCAGUACAAGGACUCAAUCAUGGACUCCACCGUCAACUGCAGGGAGAACGGCAGCCUCUUCGACGUGUCCCACAUGUGCGGGCUCAGCCUCAAGGGGAAGGACGCCAUUGCUUUCCUGGAGAAGCUUGUGAUUGCGGAUGUGGCCAGCCUUGCCCCCGGGACGGGCAGCCUCACUGUGUUCACCAAUGAGAAGGGCGGAGCAAUUGAUGAUUCAGUCAUCACUAAGGUCACUGAGGAUCACAUUUACUUGGUGGUCAAUGCUGGAUGUAGGGAUAAGGAUUUGGCUCACAUUGAGGAGCAUAUGAAGGCUUUCAAGGCGAAAGGUGGAGAUGUCGCUUGGCAUAUCCAUGAUGAGAGAUCCCUGCUUGCUCUCCAGGGCCCUCUUGCUGCUCCAGUCCUUCAACACUUGACAAAGGACGAUUUGAGCAAGUUUUACUUUGGCGAGUUCCGUAUUCUGGAAAUCAAUGGAGCUACCUGCUUCCUCACUCGAACAGGGUACACAGGCGAAGACGGGUUCGAGAUCUCGGUCCCUUCAGAGAACGCACUGGACCUUGCCAAAGCCCUCCUGGAGAAAUCCGAAGGCAAGAUAAGGCUGACAGGUCUCGGCGCUCGUGACAGCCUGCGCCUCGAAGCUGGCCUCUGCCUCUAUGGCAACGACAUGGAGCAGCACAUAACUCCCGUCGAGGCAGGCCUCACUUGGGCCAUAGGGAAGCGCAGGAGAGCCGAGGGUGGCUUCCUGGGCGCGGAGGUGAUUCUGAAGCAGCUCGCUGAUGGCCCAACGAUCAGGCGAGUUGGGUUCACUUCCUCGGGCCCUCCGCCGCGAUCUCACAGUGAGAUUCAGGAUGCGAGUGGCGCGAACAUAGGGGAAGUGACGAGCGGAGGGUUCAGUCCUUGCCUGAAGAAGAACAUAUCCAUGGGGUACGUGAAAUCUGGGUUGCACAAGGCCGGUACCAAUGUGAAGUUGGUGGUAAGAGGGAAGGCUUAUGAUGGUGUUGUCACGAAGAUGCCGUUCGUGCCCACCAAAUACUACAAGCCGUCAUAAAGUCAUAGCUCCUUCGUUUAAACUCUUUUCCGCGACCGUUUGUUUUGAUUCGCCUACUGUUUUGCUUACUUUUACCAUUGUGAAUUACUGCAUUUGUUGCUUCCCUUCCUUUUUCUUUGUAACCAUCAGAAUUCAUGAUGGACUCUUCUGCAUAAAAAUGACAUUGCUUCGACUGAGCAGAAAAAAAGCGCGCGGGAAGCUCUCUAAUAACUGAUUUUGCUUUCAGGAAUUGACUAGGAUCUGGGAGUGUUUCCUUGUUCAUGAUAGUUAGCCAGAGGAAUCGCGAUCUAGGUGUACUUUUAAGUUUUAACUGGGAAAUGGUGACAAUUGAUUGGUUUUGUUCAGCCAAAGGCGAAGAGAGUAAUGUAUGGGCCAUGCUUAAGCCCAACAUAGCUACUUCGGCAUUGUUAUUGCGAAUGGAGUCGAGGGAAGACCGGAAGAGCGUUUCCUGGGCCAGGGGAAUGCUGGCUCAAUGGGCUUUUACUGUUUGAUCCAUGAAAAAAAAAAUCUAUACAUUACUAGUCAAUUGUUUUGCCCAGAAACCAUGAAAGGCUGUUUAAGAGAAUGUGAGUGAUUUUAGACCGUAAACAAUCUAUAAAUUUUAAUUCUUUCAAUGGUUGAAAAAAUAUAUAAUUUUUUUGACUGCAAUUGUUAAAAGUCCGUCUAUUUUUUUUCUUAAAUGACAUAUUUGCCCUUAAUUAAAAGAUUCAGAGUGACUCAAAAAAUAUAGAGAAUUUAUUGGUAAUGAUAUUUAGUGGAAUAAAAAAAGAGAUAAAGUAGAAGGAAAACAAAAUCUCACAAAAAGACGAGUUCAUGGAAGAAGUAAGAUGAAAUUUGGAAAGACAAUAGAAAAAAUGUGUGGAUUUUAAAUGGAUAUUCGCGGGUACUCGUUAUAUGUUUCGUAUGGAUAAUCGGUAACCGUUAACCCAUACAAGUUUGAAAUAUGGGAUGGAGUUUUCUUUUUAAAUGGGAUUGGAUACUCGUUUUAAAUGGGAAGGGUAAUCAAUCUCAUCCCGUUGCCCAACCCUUGUUUAUUUGUUCAAUGCUCAUUUCCAAAAUAGGUGGCUGAGUGUGGUAUUAGUCUCAAUUGUUGUCAACAAAACUCGUGGGAUGAGAUGGUAUCACACUCACAGGGCAAAAAAGAACGUUGUGGAAGGAAGAAUCUAUGGAGUGUAAUUUCAUUGUACACAUAUGGUAUACACUAGUGGCAUGAAACGAAAGUACACUAUAUUUAAUCAUAGCUCCUAAUGCAUAUGGUGAAAACUCGAAUAGAAUGACAUUAGUGGUAGACCGGUAGGGAUAUAUAGGGCAUCAUAAUAGUCGAUGCAUAAGAGCAUCUCAUUGAAGAUCAUAUAUGCUCGAUCAUCUAGAUGACACUACCUAGAUAAUAACUUUUAUUACUUGUCUCUUAAUAUCUCGAUGCUCUUUCCUGUUUAUUUAGCAUAGAAAUUUGAUAAACUCAUAAGGAACCUCAACCCAUCGUCUUUACUUUUUUUUUUUUUUGCCUUACAUAUACAUCCUCUAGUUUCAAAGUAGUUUCUAUCCAAAGCCCCAUGGAAUACGACCCUAGACAUACCUAUGAUUAUUAUUACCCGAUUGCAUCAAUACUACAUUUUCCACAUCAGGUGCUGGUCGAGUGGUGGCUCGGGGAUGAAAGGAUGUUUUCCUCCUAGCUGCAACAAAGCGAGUUCGAGGCUAGUCGAGGGUGGAAUUGACGGAGGCACUGGCAGCUGAGUAGGAGUGCAAAUGGAGGCUUUUUUACAUGCCUCCAACUAGGGGUGGCUAUACGGUCCAGUCCGGUUUAAUUGGCCCGAAUUGAUCCGGUCUCAGUCUGGUCUUUUCGAAAAUAUAAGAACCAAAGAUUG